AUGACGUGUUUUAAGCAGCAGACGUGUUGUUGCACAGACGUGUUGUUGCUGACCGUGUUGUUUGCAUGCAGUACGUGUCUGUUGCAGCAGACCCGUGUUGUCGCAGCAGACUGUGGUUGUCUUGCAGCAGCGUUGUUGUUGCAGCAGCGGUUGUUGCUUGCAGACGUGUUGUUGCAGCAGACGUGUUGUUGCGAAGCAGACGUGGUUGUUUGCACGCAGAGGAGCGUAGUUGUUGCUAGCAGACGUGGUGUUGCCAGCAGGCAGUGUGUUGGAGCAGGCGUGUUGGCUCAGCAGGCCGGGGUGUCGCAGCAGACGUUUGUCGCAGCAGACGUGUUUGUCGCUCAUACGUGUAGUUGCUGCAGGCGUGCUGUUGGCAGCAGGCUGGUGGUACUGCAGACGGGUUUGUCAGCAGACGUGUUGUUAUCAGACGUGUGUUUGCAGCAGACGGGUUGCUUGCAGCAAACUAAUGUGGUUGCAGGCAGCCGGUGUUUGUUGCAGCAAGACGUAUUGUCGCAGCAGACGUGUUUGUCGCAGCAGGCGUUUGUUUGCAGCCGGACGUGUUGGUUGCCGGCGGACGUGUUGUCGCAGCAGAUGUGUUGUCGCAGCAGACGUGUUGUCGCAGCAACGUGUUUGUUUGCUGCAGACGUGUGGCGCAGCAGACGUGGUUUGUCGCAGCAGACGUGUUUGUCGCUGCAGAGCGUUGUUGUUGCUGCAGUGCGUGGCUGUUUGGCAGCAGGCGUGUUGUUACGGCAGAACGUGGUGUUGCUGCAGACUCGAUGUUGUGCAGCAGACGUGUUGUUGCUGCAGCUGUGUUGA